UUGCAUUGAAAUCGAUCACUUUUCGAAUAGUUCGAAGAACUACUGAUAAAUCACGAUGAAGCUGCUCGUCAUUGCAUUGGUCGUUGUCGUGUCCUACGUGGUCGUUGCUGACCCAUGGCGUGGUUAUCGUCGUGGUUGUGGACCUCCACCACCACCUCCUCAACAACCGAUUAACGUUACCCAACUGCUGCAGGACAUCUGGCAAACCAUCACCAGCGCUAUAAAUCAGGCCCAGAAUUCGACGGCCUUGGGAAGCGCUGCUAACUCUACGGCUUCUGGGUCGAGCAACUCAUCAUCGGCUGCCAAUUCCACCAGCGAAGGACGUUAGGAAUAAAGUUCAUACGAAUGAUUAUUUUCUUCGAAUGAGAACACUUCCUGAUAGGGAUCAUGUGAAAUGGAAUAUUAUUGGUUGAAAUAUACACUGAAAUAUUGAUUGCAUCAAA